AUGGCGAAACCACGACUUUUCUCUCUCCUCGCCUUCACUUUAUCUCUCCUCGCCGUCGUAUCCGGCCAUAACAUCACAAAAAUCCUCUCCGAAUCACCUGAAUAUUCCUCAUUCAACAGCUACCUUACCAAAACAAAACUCGCCGACGAAAUCAACAGCCGCACUACAAUCACCCUCCUCGUCCUCAACAAUGCCGCAAUGUCUUCCCUCGCCGGAAAACAUCCACUCUCCGUCAUCAAAAACGCACUCAGCCUCCUCGUCCUCCUCGAUUACUACGAUCCACAAAAACUCCACAAAAUCUCUAAAGGCACAACACUCACCACAACGCUUUACCAAACCACCGGAAACGCUCCCGGAAACCUAGGAUUCGUCAACGUCACCGAUCUCAAAGGAGGCAAAGUCGGAUUCGGAUCCGCCGUUUCCGGAUCCAAACUCGAUUCAUCAUACACCAAAUCCGUUAAACAAAUCCCAUACAACAUCUCCGUUCUCGAAAUCGAUUCUCCGAUCAUCGCUCCCGGAAUCCUAACUUCCUCCGCCGCAGGAAUCAGCAACAUCACCGGGCUUCUUGAGAAAGCCGGUUGCAAAACCUUCGCGAAUCUUCUUUUAACGAGUGGUGUACUCAAAACAUACGAAUCCACCGUUGAUAAAGGCUUGACUGUUUUUGCACCGUCCGAUGAAGCUUUUAAAUCAGAAGGUGUAUUAGAUCUGAAGAAGCUCACGCAAGCUGAGGUGGUCUCGCUUCUAGAGUAUCACGCCCUCGCUGAAUAUAAACCUAAAGGAUCAUUAAAGACUAAUAAAGAAGCAAUCUCUACGUUAGCUACUAACGGUGCCGGUAAAUACGAUUUAACGACGUCAACUUCCGGCGACGAGGUUAUUCUUCAUACCGGAGUUGGUCCGUCGAGACUCGCCGAUACGGUGGUUGAUGAGACACCCGUCGUGAUAUUCACGGUUGAUAAAGUUCUCCUUCCGACUGAGCUUUUUGGGAAAUCUCCAUCUCCGGCGCCGGCACCGGAGCCGGUGAGUGCACCGACACCGACUCCGACUCCGGCUAAGUCACCGUCUCCAGCUGAAGCACCGUCACCUGAAGCAGCUUCUCCGCCAGCUCCUCCGGUGAAUGAUUCGCCGGAAGGAGCUCCGUCAGAUUCGCCGACAAGUUCAGAGAACAGUAAAGCUAAAAACGCGGCGUUUCACGUGAACGCUCCUGCGUUGUUCACUGCAUUGGUCACUCUUGCCGCCACAUCUCUUUUGUUUUAA